AUGCGAGAAGGGCGAGUUACAGCUUACACGUCAAGUCAACUAAAAGAUCAUGAAAGGAAUUAUCCCACACAUAAUUUGGAGCUUGUUAUAGUGGUCUUUGCACUAACAAUCUGGCUAGACUGUUUAGAUGGUGAAUCUUGUGAGGUUUAUAUAAACCAUAAGAGCUUGAAACAUUUCUUCACUCAGAAGAACCUCAAUAUGAAACAGGGUGGGUGGAUGGAGCUAAUUAGCGAUUAUUGGUGUGAGAUCAAGUACCAUCCAGGGAAGGUUAACUGGGUGGCUAAUGCACUGAGCACUGUUAGUGGAGAGUUCUUAGCAGGAGAAGUCAUCGCCUCUUUGCAAGAAUCCAGAGUUGUGGACUUCGAGGAGUUGAAGACUCAUCGGAUGAGGGACCCAAAAUUGUUGGAUAUCUUGCCAAGAGUUAGGAAAUCGAGAGGGGCCAUGCAAGACAACAGUAGAGUGAUUCCAGCAGAAUCAAAAGUCAAGGAGAAGACACCUUACUCGGUACAUCUUGGGAGCACAAAAAAGUAUCGGGAUCUAAAGAAAAGGUUCUGA